AUGCUCAAAUGCGCAUGAAAACAGGACGCAGACAAAGUUGGAAAAAAACAAAAAAAACAAAAACUGCAAUGACAGAGGGGAGUUCAUCCGACAAUUCCCAGUCAAUUACCGCGGAUAUCGGCGGCCAGCUGAGACUGGCCGCUGUCACUUCCGCUGCCCCAUCCACAACACCUCUCAGCCUCCCUGGAGUCAUGGACUCUGAGGGGAGAGUGGACGAGUCAAGGCUGAGGAUGCACAUUUUCAAAAAUGGCGGGGUGCUUCCCUCGGAGCGGGCCCAAGUGUGGCGUUUCCUGUUCGGCAUGUACCCGUGCGGCUCAACAGCUUUAGAGCGCCCCCUGCUGCAGGAGCAGCUAGCUGUACGCUACCAGGUCAUGAAGAGGAAGUGGCAGCAGGUCCUCCCCUCCGCUGUGCGACUGCACCUCAACGGCACUGAUGCCGAGUUGGUGGCAGCAGUCAGGUAUUUUGACCAGAGGCAGGCACAGACCCAGGAACAGGCUCAGCACCAUAGCGAACAACUCAGGGACAGACUGUCUUUCCUGGAGCUACAGGCGCAGGUGCUGUUUGAGCGGGUGGUGUUUGAUCGAGAGGAGCUGCAGGAGGCCAUACGCAUCAUUGACAAGGAUGUACCUCGAACCAACAGAGACCUUGUCUACUAUUCAACAUGUCAGCUUAAUGCAUUAUGUGCUUCCAGGGGCGAAGGCUCUGGAAAUCUCCUGGUGUUGAGGGAUAUCCUCAUCACCUACGCUGCUUUCCAUCCAGAAGUCAGUUACGCCCAGGGAAUGAAUGAUCUGUGUAGCCGGUUCCUGGAGGUCCUCGACUGUGAGGUGGACACCUUCUGGAGCUUCGGCUGCUACAUGGAGAAGUUCUCCAAAGACUUUAGGGCGGAUGGACUUCACAGGAAAAUAGAACUUGAGGCGGCGCUGUUGAGAGAGCUGGACCCCCAGCUCUAUGCCCACUUGGUUACAGACAGCAUGGAGAGUUUCACCUUCUGUCACAGAUGGCUGCUCCUGGGUUUUCAGAGGGAGUUUGAACACAGUGAUGCGCUGCGUUUGUUUGAGAUCCUGAGCUGUGACCACCUCGAGCUCAUCUCACAGCAGGUAGACCGAGUCCGCUACCAGGAAAGGCUGGCACAGAAACACAGCACAGAGGAUCCGCCUGUGUCAGAAGCCCCGGCCAUAAACACCGAAUUCACCUUUGAGCUCUUCAUCUGCGCUACCAUCCUGUUAGAGAACAGAGAGUCUCUGCUUAGGUGCCAAGAUGACAUGCAGCUCAUCCUGUUUGCAAACAGCCUUCAGGGAAGACUGGACUUGAACAGCACUCUGAAGAAAGCCGAGGAGCACUUCUACAACUACUGCAAGCGGUGUGCUUGGGACUAUAUGAGCCGGUACUACAAGGCACGCAAGAGCAAAGGAGAUCACUUCCUUUAUCAGCUUCGAAGUUUAUUUUUUUGAGGAGGAUUUAUGUUACCACAGAGUCUUAAAACUGCAACUGGAUUCAUAACAAGGGACCUAUGAUCUAUAUUAUGGUGAUGCCCUGAGACAUCAAUGCUGCUUACCUUGAAUUUCCCGUGAUUGAAUUGUCUAAUUUUGCUUGUCAUGGACUGUUACAAAUCUAUUUAUUGUGUGGUUGAAUGGACCAAUAACAAAUAUGUAACAAUGCCUUGUCAUUGCUGCAGAUAUUGGAAUGAAUAAAAAAAAAAAAAAAGCUUUGUGAAAGUACUUUCUCAACAAAACCCCCUCAGAAAUACCUCAUAAUCUGAGGACAGAAAGGGCAAAUGUUCUUGGGUUUAAUCUGGGAUUACGUGCAACGUGCAACCCUGGUGGUAAACAGCACUUUGUGUGUGUUGGAACAGGUGGCGCACC